UCAUAUGUCUCCUAUAGCAGUCUAAGUCAUAUGUCUCCUAUAGCAGUCUAAGUCAUAUGUCUCCUAUAGCAGUCUAAGUCAUAUGUCUCCUAUAGCAGUCUAAGUCAUAUGUCUCCUAUAGCAGAUUUACAUUUGACAUUUUAGUCAUUUAGCCGAUGCUCUUACCCAGAGCAACUUACGUGAGAGCAUACAUUUAAAAAAAAAAAAUCUUACUGGUCCCCUGUGGGAAUUGAACCCACAACCCUGGCACUGCAAGCACCAUGCUCUAUCAACUGAGCGGAAUACAGAGUACACGCCAGAUGUAGUGGGGUAUACACAUACCAAAUUAUUAUAUGCCGUAUUAGUACAUGGCUGGAUUGAUAUACAGUGACCUCUAGUGGUGAUGUUAUAUAUUGCAGCUACCUCAGGAAAUGUAUAUAUUAUUCAGUGUCAUCACUGUCUUGUCAUCUGUCCUUUCACUAGACGUUAAAUGGUAUUGAAUUGAAAUGGGGGAGUUCUAUUAGUUGAGCAAGAUCAAUCAUACUUACGCCCACUUUUAAUAUAGACAAAGUUACUUAUCUUACUGAAGAAUUAAACUUUUUAUUAAACUAUUAUUUCCAUGUACUGUAACUUGUCUGCUAAUGGCCACGCUGUGUAGUUUAACAUAUCCUGGUUGUCAUAUCAGAUAAUAAGGUAGUGAUUAGUAUCACAAGUAUUUGAUAGAAGAGAAAGGGAGAGGAUAAUAUGAUACCUUGGAUCCACUAUCUCAGUUUCCACAGCAACCGGUAUUAAAUACCAUGCACUCUGUGGCGGACUUUGAACUGGCAGGCAGAUGGGUGUGGAGACAGGUGAGGUAAGCCAGUUGCAUUCCAGGAAGAGAGAUCUCUGACUACAGACAUGGUAAGAAAAAACAAUUGAAUUGUUUUGUGUUUCCUAAUUUCUGUACAUGUUUAGGCCAAUUCAUGGUGUAUUGUGUUUUUCCUCAGGCUAAAUUCCUGUCAGGAACUCAGAUCAACGAGUUCAAGGAAUGUUUCUCCUUGUACGACAAGAAGCGCAAGGGGAAGAUUGAAGCCAAGGACCUGAUCACAGUUAUGCGCUGUCUGGGGACGAGUCCCACCUUCGGUGAGAUCGACCGACACCUGCAGAUCCACAAGAUAGAUAAGAAGGGCGAGCUAGACUUCUCCACCUUCCUGACCAUGAUGCACCGGCAGAUCCAGCAGGAGGACCCCAAGGCGGAGAUCCUGGAGGCCAUGAGGAUGACGGACAAGCAGAAGAAGGGCUACAUCCUGGCCUCGGAGCUCCGGGCCAAGCUCACCAAGCUAGGAGAGAAGCUCACUGAUAAAGAAGUGGACGAGCUGUUCAGAGAAGCCAACGUGAAGUCUAAUGGCAAGGUGCACUAUGAGGAGUUCACCAGGAUGGUGACACUACCGUCAGUGGAUUACUGAGGGACAGGACAGGAGGAGAUGACGUCCUUUAUGACAGGGAAGCAUGGUCAUGGAAGGGACCUGGUUAUGCUGCACUGAGCAUUACCCAACCAUCUGCAUGCACUGAGCAUUACCCAACCACCUGCAUGCACUUAAUUUAUUGAUCAUCUAGGUUUGUGUCUAUUGUACGCUACUUUCUAUCAUUUAUACUAGUGCAUUUGAUUAAUUAAAUUGAUCUUCUUUUUUUUUUAAUUGAGGGUUUUUAGUUGACUUGCUGCAGGAAGAGUAGCUGCUGCAUGUGCAAUAUGUAAUGGACAUUCAAAUAAACAAAAUCACCUAAAAUAUCCCUUUCGAUAUUGAGUUUUAAACAGUUUGUUGAACUUGUGUUCUAGGUGUAGGAUUUUAUAAAUGUAGUUUACAUGAUGCAGUCAUCCAAGCUCUUUCAGCCAUACCAUGGAACUAAUAAGUUGUGCAUGUUUGUUCCUCCCACAAUAUUCUUUACAGUAACAAUUUAAGUCAAUAUUUACAUGUCAUAAUAACCUAAUUAUUCAACAUCAUUAGUAGGAAUAUAUAUAUUUUUAAAUACUAGAUAUGUAGGAAGGACUGAAUUCUUUGCACACACACUGGGCAUUUUGUCAAGUGUGCAACUGCAGCCUGCAAUUCGAGGUGAAUUAUUUGUGCGCACACCAUGCAUUUUGGGUGUAAAUUACGCAUGUCAAAGGAAUUCUCUGCCUAAUGUAUUGUCAGUAAGCAUAUAUUAUUUUUCCAAGAAUGUAAUGCCAUUUUAAGUCCUCCAAUAUUGCUAAUCCAUUAUUAAUGAGUGCAGGGGGGCAGGAAGAAUAUGUGGAGAAUAUACAUGGAACUGACAAAAUGAAGGAAACCCUUGAGUAAAUGAGGGAUAUCAAAGUAUAUUGAAAGCGGGUGCUUCCACACAGGUGUGGUUCCUGAGCAAUUAAAACAUCCCAUCAUGCUUAGGGUCACGUAUAAAAUUGCCCAGUUGUCUGUCAUUUUGGCUACCAUGGCUAGAAGAGAUCUCUGACUUUGAAAGAGGGGUCUCAAAGGAGCACAGCAUGUUUAGAAAAACAUUAGAGAAUGUGUGUCACUAGAUCUCAACCUAAUUGAACACUAAUGGGAGAUUCUGGAGCGAUGCCUGAGACAGUGUUUUCCACCACCAUCAACAAAACACCAAUAUGGAAUUUCUGGUGGAAGAAUGGUGUUGCAUCCCUCCAAUAGAGUUCCAGACUGGUAGACUCUGCCAAGACACAUUGAAGCUGUUCUGGCGGGCACGUGAUUGCCCAAUGCCCUAUUAAAACACUUGUUGGUGUUUCCUUUAUUUUGGCAGUUACCUGUACAUGUCUCCUUCAUUUCAUCAUGACCCAGCACCCAGCGUUUCCCAAACUUGUUCCUGGGGGACUCCAAGGGAUGCACAUUUUGGUUUUUGCCCCCUAGCACUACACAGCUGAUUCAAAUAACCAUAGCUUGAUGAUGAGUUGAUUAUUUGAGUCUGUCGUGCUAGGGCAAAAACCUAAAUGUUGUCCCGAGGACCGAGUUUGGGAAACGCUUCAACACACCUACCAAACGUAAUAGUUUUAUUUUGAUUUAACCAAGUAAGACCCAUUGAGGUUAGAAACCUCUUGCCAGGGUGACCUGGCAAAACAGGGAAAUAGCAGCGUGUACAUAACAUGUUUCAAAAAAUACAAAUACAUAAAAAAUAUUAAACUGUAGCUAUCAAAAACAUUGUCUUAAAAACCGGGAAGAACACUUAACUCCCCAAACUUGAAUAUCUUUUGAAGCAUGGUCCAGGAUGAAGGGGAAUUCUGGGGGAAAAAAUCUUGUUUCCCCAUAUCAGUUCUAGACUUAGGAACAGACAAGGACGGCAGCGACUGAACGAAGACUGUAUUGAGUGACUGAUCUGGUCAGGAAGGAACAGAGACGCUGCCUUAUCAAUGCUUUCUAUUUACACACAAGUGUACCAGUGUGUUUGCACCAUGGAGAGAGAGGUCCAUUGCACCAGGGCAUACAAAUCACAGUGAUGGGUGAGAGAAGUAUCUGGUGUUGGUGAUACGUCUUAAAAGCACCAUGAUACACUGUGUCCAGAGUUAAGGUACUAGCUAAGGCCUGCAUAUAGGCACUAUAAUACAGCACCGAUAACAAAGUGCUUUGAACAAGAUCCUU